GCAUGCCAUGUGUUGUUGGGUCAGAGGCGAAGGUUCAUAGUUGAAAUUCGAAAAGAUGGUGGCGCACGCAGAAAUACGCGUGGUUCACCUUAGUGGCAGCAAAAUAAACUUCAGAGAGCCAGUUAUUACAAAUGAUUCCAGGUUCCUCUUGUGUGCCUCGGGGGAGUCAGUUAAAGUGUACAGUUCCAGCUCCGAGGAAUGCGUCCAUGAUUUGCAGGGACACACAGACCUGGUGUCAGGCAUUGUCCGCAACCCUUCAAACCACCUGCAGGUAUACUCGUGCUCAGCAGAUGGCACUGUCCGAUUGUGGGACUUCACAGAUGGCAUCCUCAUCAAGACCUUCAUUAUUGGGUACCCCAUCUACUCUAUAUACGUCUCUGAAAAUCAUGGAGGAGUUGUGUUUGUCGUCGUCCCAAUGGCAAAUGACAAAAGCUCUGAGCUGUUCCAGCUGGUGGCUGUUCAUCUGCCCUUAAGUGGGGACCAGGAAGUGGAGGCGCGAGAGCUCUCGGCCGUCCUGUGUGAUGUCAGCCCCUCUGGGGCUGCCUCCUUUGGCAGAAAGGGUGAAUACAUUGCUGCCGUCAAAGGUUUACAGCUUGAGGUGUUUUUCUUCAAGAAGCAGAAGUCUCACAGGUUUUUCCUCAAGUCGGGGAAUAAGAAAGGAGCUAAGAAUGCCUUCACCUGUGUCUCGUGCCACCCUAAAGAGGACUGUAUCGCCACAGGUCACGAGGACGGCAAAAUUCGCCUGUGGAGAAACUUCAACCAGAAGAAGGAGUACACAUACUCCACCCUACACUGGCACCACGGGGCAGUCAACACACUGCAAUUCACCCCUGAAGGCACCAACCUGCUAAGCGGGGGGAUAGAAUCGGUGCUGGUCCAGUGGCAUUACACACAAGAGAACCAGAAGGACUUCCUGCCGCGCCUGGGCGGUGCAAUCACACACAUUGCCGUGUCACCUGACGGUUCAUUGUUCUGCACCUCCCACUCUGACAACAAAAUCACUAUCAUCCAGAGCUGUGUUAAAGUGUCGGCCAUCAUCCAGGGGCUGGUCAAGGGCGAGGGUGUGCGGACAGACCUGACGAUCGACCCGCGUAGUAAAGCCUUGGUGCUCAACGGGAAACCAGGCCACUUGCAGUUCUACUCUCUCCAUCGCGACAAGCUGCUCUACAAUUUGGACAUAGUACAGCAGGAGUACAUCCACGAAGAGGGUCUGGACCAGUUUGAAGUGGUCAAGGCGGCGUUUGACACCCGAGGCGACUGGCUUGCUACGGUGGAGGAGAGGACGCAAAAAGGCUCUGAGUUAGAAAUCAAUUUGAAGCUGUGGGUGUACGAUGAGCAAACUCAGAGUUUUAUGCUGAACACUACAGUCAUAGCCCCCCACGAGGACCAGAUUACAGCCAUGUGCUUCAGCCCCUCACCAGAGACCACCAUGCUGGUGACCAUCAGCUUCGACGGCCACUUCAAAGCCUGGCUGCUGGCAGACCACUCGGACACCAAGGAGGGCGCCUCCUGGUCAUGUGACUUUGUGGGCGGGUACCACCACCUUAAGCCUGGCUGCUGCUGCUUCUCGGCCGACGGCUCCCUAUUGGCUGUCGGUUUCCAGGAAGUGGUGACUGUAUGGAGCCCUUCCUGGGAGCUGCUUACCACCCUGUCCCAGCCCCCAGGGGCCAUCAGGGACCUUUGUUUUGGAAGGUUAAGCUGUUCCAAGUACCUGUUGGGGACCAGCACCAAGAACCAACUCUGUUGCUGGAACCUCCUCACCUGCUCACUGGAGUGGAGUACCCCUGUGGAUGUGAGCCUGCUCCAGGCUGACCCACUGUCUGAGAACAUGGCUGCCUUCUGCAGUCAGUCUGGCUGCUCCGACUUGUUUGUGUUCAAGCCCGGCGAGCCGCGGCCCCUCUACUCCCAGAAGGCCUUGUGCACGGGCAAGGUACAGCGUGCCGUCUUUGCCCCGCGCGACCAGAUGCUGGAGAGCUGCGAGGAGCACGCUCAGUGGCUCAACAGAUCCCAGCUCUACUUCUUCACCCAACACAUGGAUUUGAUGACGUUUAGCACUAAGACUGAGGAGGACAGACUGUUGGCGUCUAGUAAACGGCUCAUGGUGGACGACAGUGUUGCCGUGACGCCGUUCUAUCUGUUGCUAGGGAAACACAGGCAGCAUCAAGAAGCGCUGACCAAUCCCAUGGCAGAAAGGAUUCAGCUACCACAGGGUUCCAUUGCCAUCAAGGAGCUGCUAUACACCCCAGCCCACGUCCUGCCUUCAGCCUCGUUCCUCUGCUCUAUGUUCGUACGCUCCCUGCUCAUCUCCAGCUCUUCUGCCAGCGAGGAAAAGGAACCUGUAGAAGAGGAAAUGGAGAGUGAGGAAGAGGACUCUGAAGGGGAAGCAGAGCUCCGAGACGCCAGGCAGGAUCUGGGGGGGUCGGCAGCAUGGGGCCCAGGUGAGGAGUUGGGGGCACCAGCUCUCACGAAAGCCCAGGAGCGGGAACUGAGGAGAGUGAAACAUUUUGACCACAGCUGGCUCAGUAGCGUCCUGGAAUGUUAACCUUUUACCAAGCCCAAACACACAUACACACACACUUUACCCAGUCAUAGUUUUCCUAUGGCUGUAUUUUGAUGUAAUAAAAUAUUUCAAUUUUCAAAUGUGCCGUAUCAUGCUUAUCAUUUUUGGCAUCACCCUCCCCAAGAUCAAUAGUUUUGCUAUACUUAAAAAAAUGUGUGUGUGUAUAUAUAUAUAUAUAUACACACACACACAUAUUUUUUAUAUAUCUCUAUAUAUAUAUAUAUCUCUAUAUAUAUCUAUAUAUAUCUCUAUAUAUAUCUCUAUCUAUAUAUAUAUCUCUAUCUAUCUCUAUCUAUAUAUAUAUAGAUAUAUAUAUAUAUAUAUAGAUAUAUAGAUAGAUAGAUAGAUAUAUAGAUAUCUAUAUAUAUAGAUAGAUAUAUAUAGAUAUCUAUAUAGGAUAUAUAUAUAUAUAUAGAUAUAUAUACACAUAUACAUAUAUACACACACACAUAUUUUGUCUGUCCUGUCUGUCUGUCUGUUAUAUAUGUAUAUAUAUGUGUGUAGUAUGUCUGUCUCCAUGCAGUAGGGUUGGGCAGUAUCGUCAUACCGUUUCUCUCAUCCCGAGAUUUAUGUAUUAUCGGCUUACUACACAAGAGGGCGCCAAAAAAGACAAUUAGCACAAGUAAUAGUGCAUUUCCAUAGGGGCUGCUAGCUAAAUAUGCUAACAAGCGCAAACAAAAAAUUUAUGAAAUAGCAAAGACAGGCAAUCCAGCUCCAUAAAGUUAUACGUGUAUAGGUAGGACUUACUUAAUGUCCUUUUGUGAGUUUGGACUUUUACAAGCGAAUGUAAACGAAAGACAUUACUUAAAUGAACAAAGUUUUGAGGCAUGCUUGUCUGAAGCAAGAACAGUACUGGUCGCUACGGCAACGAGCCUGCCUGCUCGAAAAAGAGUGGGGGAGGAGGAGCAGACAGGCUGAGAAAUGAGAAGAGAAAAACAAAAGGAAAUCUAGACAGCACUGGCCCUCUAGCCUACAGAUAAGUCAUCCAAAGGGCUUUGACUUCUCAAACACCGCAGAAAGCUAACACUAUGAUUCACCCUCACUUUAUUAAUUCAGCCACUUAACUUAGAUAACUAGCUAAUUAAAUGUAGGGGUCGUGAGAUUCUGCGUUCUUCACACAGGAAAAAUAGUCAAAUCUUGCCGUGUUUUCUAAAGUCACAUCUAAAAUGCUUCUUAUUGUAAUUUCUGCUCAGUGUCAGACAUUUUGUGCUUCAGUUGCACUUCUCCAUUCAAAAUGCCCAUUCAUGAAUUCUAACACUGAUAGUCAACGCUCUGACAGUGUAGCUACUUUCUCUGGUACUUUUCUCAGUGUAGCCAGCCUACUUUUCUCUGGUAAAAUGAAAGAUUAACUUUAAGCAAAACAUUAGGAAAUGUAGCUGGCUACAUUCUUUCUAUGAUUAACAUUUAGAAAUAUGAUGGUCAUGCAUUGUUGUUUUUUUAUAGAAAAAUGCCUUGCUUUGUCAUUGUAAGCUCAUUUACUUGUAUGGCUGCCUGCCAAAUAGUGUUGCGCUUGUGUUGUCAUCUGAAAGUACAUUUAUUUUCAGACAAAUGUGUGGCACUAAUGUAUUUUCUGUGAAGCAAAAAAACUCUGACUUUCAAUAGAAAAUGCGAUCCCUGUCAAUACCACAGCUGGACUCACCUGCUCCCGCUUUCUACGGUUGCGCUAUUUACAAACAAACAGGCUCAACUGUUCUGGGGAACUACUGUAUGCUUCAUAAUGCGACAGGUGGAAUAAAGAACGCGACCUGCUUUAUCUCCUAACGUAUUGCCAAACCAUCCCCUGGCUAUUUCCAAAUACCCCAGUAUACUGCCCAAGCCUACCAUGCAGUAUUGUUUAUUAUGCAGAUUGACUCACUUAUCAAAGUCCAGCUAAUGCAAUCAAUGUUAUUCAUACACUAUAUGUGUCAAGGUUGCUGGCAUCAUGGUUGUAAUUGUAGUUCCUAGAGGUAGAAUGAGCUCCAAGCCCUGACAAGGCACUUAAAACUGACCAAGUCACAUUUUUCUGUUCCUCAAGUUGACAAAGCGUGCGUAGGUCUGCCUCAGCAGAAACUGGGUCACGCUCAGUUGGUUUCCCUAUUGGCCCAAAAUGAUAUGUUUAGUCAGUGAGGUAUGUUUAGCCUGUUAGUGACCCAAUAUCACCUAGGACUGUAAACCUGAUCCCAUUUAACCAGAAUAGAAAUCACUGAGGGUAGAAAGCCAGUUGUGUUCUUAAGGUGCUAUCAGCAAUGUCAGGCCGGCCAUAGGUCACUGUGCUCCUAAUUUUUAAAGAAGGGAUUAAUUUAGCAGGAAAUAUUUAAAAAAUCGGAACUAUUAAGAUUCUAUUUUGUAUGUUGAUGUUUCUUAAGAUCAGUGUGACAUUAUCUGAGGAAACAAACUCAAAUAUUCUGCAUGUUUGUUUUAUCUGGAGUCUUAGUUAAUUUAAGUAGACAUUGGACUUCUUAAAGUGCACUUUUCCCCUUGAACCCUCAAGGCCAGGAGGAGCGUUUGUAACUGUUGGGUAGUGUGUCAAUAUAAUGCACUGGGCCUCUUAGAGAGCUUGUGAGCAAUUGGGGGACAGGCGGCGCUGAUGCAAAUCCAGAAAAGCCAGUCGACCUACUGGUCACACGGGUCUGUUCUGCCCAAUCUGUCACUCAUGUUGUGGGAAACCAGGUCACUCUUUGUCUUUCGCCUGCAAGCACACAGAUCUAGAUCAUACAGCUCAGCUUAGCCAGUCAGUCCAUUUAACACUGGCUGUCAAAGGGGCUUCUGGGGCAAAUUAGGGACUAACCCCUGUGGAAUUUGAACCUGCACAGUGGCGGCCUGGCCAGAGCUAGAGAACUGGGGACUAGGAACUGACUGAGAGGGCCUCUUAAAAUGGCUGCAGUCUUCUUAUACAGUACAAUGAUUUGGUUCCUGUGAUAACAUAAAACACCAACGAGACAGUGUGAAGACUUUAUUUAUUUCAGAGCUCAUGCAAUACAAGCUGUAUAACUGUCCUCCACUCAUUUGAAGUGAAUGUAGUUUUUGCAUUCAAACAUCUCAAUUUACUCAAUUUAUGUUGCAAGCUGUGAUUACAUAAUGAUUUCACAAUGAUUCCAUUUUUUUUUUAAACAGAUUAUCUAACAAUGCUUUUUCUGUAUUUAACAAUGAUGGGAGAUUAUGGACAGUACAUUAUGGUCCAUUGGAACAGUGUACUCAUGAUUUUCUUGGUUUAUGCAUUUAGGGCUGGGAAUUGCUAGGGAACUUACGAUGUGCCGAUACGAUAUGUAUUGCGGUUCUCAUGAUUCUAUAUGUAUUGCGAUUUGAUGUUCCAAACAUUUAUCUCACUAUGUCUGCUGCAGAGAGACGAGAGCAUGAGGAAACAACUAGUUUUGAUCUGUCAGGUUAAUAAGUCCUGAAAAUAUGUUGGCUCGCUGUUUUAAAAAGAAUAUUGAUCUGUAACAAUCAACAACAAAAUCCCAUUACUAUUAUGCAUGAGAGCAUUGCUUUGUAAACACGAGGCAGAGAAAUUUCACAAAUCGUUCAGAAAACAUUUAUUUGCUAAUUGAGAAGUUAACACUUAUAUAAAAACAUUUAAAAACCAGACCAACAUUUAAAGACGACAAUCUGACAAUGUUCAACUACAAACAUUUUUACAUCCAGUACAGUGUAUCAAAUAGUCUAUCAAUUGACGGCAAUUGUUAUAUGAAAAAUAUAAAAUUGCCUUGUAUGAAGUAUUCCUGAAUAAAUGUUAAGAACAAAUGCGCUGUUAUUUUCUGGAGAAUGUGCUUACUUUACAUUUGAGGGGUAACCCAUGUCAAACAUCAACAUAGAGCUCAGUUCCUGCCAUUUCUCUACAGAACACCAGCUGCAGUUCCACAAACCUGCAGUCCUGUCUGACUCUAGCUCUGGGCGGUGUAUUAAAAGGCUCUUGUAGGCAGAUGUAAAGAAAGGCCUCACUGUUCUCUUAAAGUGCUGUGGCUAUUCUCUGCACCAAUCCUAAUAUUUUCAUUACAAAAUCUCAGCCAUGGUUUUCAUGGGCAGAGGUAAUAACCAUAGUCUAUUGUGAACAUGUGAGUAUUAGUGAGUCAAACCACAUUUACAACUUUUUUUUAAAAAGGCUUCUGAAAACAUUUUAGUGGUGUUGGAGAGCUCCAAGAGCUACAAACGUACAGUUCUGCCUGGCAACCAUCUGGUUGGUGUAAUGGCAGUCCAUGGCCAGCUGAGACAACCUGAAGAUGCUGACAUUCUACUCUGGCAAGUGAACACGAGGUGGGGAGGUCUGCUUGACUUAGGGGGGGAAGAGAGGAAAAUCACAGGUACACUUGGGAGGGAUUUAGAAAGCCGCCCACAGGAAAAAGGUGGUACGGUUUUUCAUGCUCACCUUGUUUCUUGGUUUACGAUUGCGCUGUGUACGCAUUUGUGGCAGAGCUUCGCGUAAUGAUGGCUCGGUAUCAUGGGCCCGCCAGGAAACUAAAAGUCCUUCAGUUAACCUCAAAGUGGGGAGGCAGGAGCUCAGCCAUUAUUAUGGACAUAGUACAAUCACUUAAAGUAUUCAUACCCCUUGACUUAUUCCACAUUGUUACAGCCUGAAUUCAAAAUGUAUUACUUAUUUUCUCUUCACCAUCUACACAAUACCCCACAAUGACAAAAUGAAAACAUUUUUUUUUUAAAUAUAUAUAUAGUUUCCGUAAGUAUUCAUACCCCUGUACCUUUUGGCAAUGAUUACAGCUGUGAGCUUUUCUUGGUAAGUCUAAAAGCUUUCCACGUCUGGAUUGUGCAACAUUUGCCCAUUUUUUUUAUUAUUUUCAAAAUUCUUCAAGCUUUUACAAAUUGGUUGUUGAUCAUUGCAAGACAACCAUUUUCAGGUCUUGCUAUUUGAUUUUCAAUUAGAUAGAUAUUAGAUAGAUAUGUUAAAUAUGCCAUAACAUGAUGCAGCCACUACUAUGCUUGAAAAUAUGGAGAUUGGUACUUUAAUGUAUUGGAUUUACCACAAACAACACAACUAUGUUUUAUUCAGUACAGGCUUCCUUUUCACUUUGUCAAUUUUGUUCGUAUUGCUGUUGAUCCAUCCUCAGUUUUAUCCUUUCACAGCCUUUAAACUAGUGGUUUUAACGUCACCAUUGGCCUCAUGCUGAAAACUCAGAGCGGUUUCCUUCCACUCCGGCAACUGAGUUAGGAAGGAUGCCUGUAUCUUUGUAGUGACUGCGUGUAUUGAUACACCAUCAAAAGUGUAAUUAAUAACUUCACCAUGCUCAAAGGGAUAUUCAACAUCGCUUUUUUUAAAAACAUUUUUGCCCAUCUACCAAUAGGUGCCCUUCUUUGUGAGGCAUUGGAAAACCUUGCUGGUCUUUGUGGUUGAAUCUGUUUGAUAUUCACUGCUCGACUGAGGGACCUUAAAAUUAUUUGGAUGUGUGUGGUACAGAGGUGAGUUAGUCAUUUAAAAAAUAAUGUUAAACUCAUUGUACACAGUGAGUCCAUGCGACUUGUUAAGCACAUUUUUACUCCUGAACUUAUUUAGGCUUGCCAUAACAAAGGGGUUGAAUUCUUAUUGACUCGACAUUUCAGCUUUUCAUUUUUAAUUUGAAAAUGUGAAACAAUUCCACUGACAAUAUGGGGUAUUGUGUGUAGGCUAGAAACACAAUCUCAAUUUGAAAUCAGGCUGUAACACACAAUGUGGAAAAAUACAAGGCGUGUGAAUACCUGUGUAGAAAUCAAUUAUGACAAAUAAUUGUUAUACUAUAGUUAAGAGAAUUGCGGGGAGGGGGUCGAGAUCUUAAGUGUACACAAGUGUCUACAAUAGCGUUAAUGAGCUUAUACAAGUUUCACUGUCACUUCACAUCAAA